AAAUGCAAAUGGCUUUUCCUUCAAAGAAGCAAUGCGUCAGCAAAACAGCAGAUCUAGAGUUCAACAAAGAUCCCAAUUUUAACUUCAGCUCGAACGUUACAGCAGAUGGUGUCUUCAAAGCCACGAACCAAGGGUUGCCUAAAUCUGCCAAGAAAGUGGAACCGCUUUCAAAGACAGCUAAAAGAGGACAUAUCAACAGAUACCAGCAAGAGUUGAAAAGCAAGAAUCAGCUGUUAGAAACAGCCAAUCAACAGCUACACUCCAGACUAACAGCAGCACAGGGCACCAUAAAGGAGUUAAAGGAGGAGAAUGAAGGCCUGGUACAAGAAGUUGAGAAGCUCAAGAAAUUUCAGGAGACUUGCAUGGUGAUUUUAGAAAGCCGAAACAUUGAUCCUGUUACAGGCAGCAGCAUUGUGGAGGAGGAAGAAAAGACACAAGAAUGCCAGAAGCAGACCACGCUGUUAACCGAGAAGCUCAUAGAACAGUUGAAGCUAUUUAAUCAAACAGCUGCAAAAGAAACGGAGGCGCUUGAGACAGCGAUGGCCAAGUGGAAAUCGGCAGAAAAAGAGAUACACCAAUCCCUGGAGAAGCAUUCCUCCUUUCAGGCAGAAAUUAAGGAAUGUUCAGCAGUCCUUAAUGAGUUGGAGCAGCUCCUGGCGAU